AUGUCCAAGUCCAAGUCCAAGGGAAAGGGAAAGCUGUCGCCCACCACUCUCUCUGGAAACCGACCAGCAGUCCCGCCGCUCCCAAAUCCUGCCACUGGAAGUGCAAACCCUGCUGCAUCGUUUCCUUCACUAUGGUCUUACAUGCGACCUGCCCUCGACCACAUAGUCUGCUCGCCUACAAACGAGACACUCAAGGCCCCCGCCAUCGAUGUUAAUUUUUACUCGGGCAUUCACACUGCGUGUUACAAUUAUUUCACGGCACAAAAUGAACUCGCAAGUGCCACUGCGGACCCACGUGCAAAUGAUGCUGUUCUUGCCAGCGGUGCAGAACUUUACGAACAUCUCGAUCGCUAUUUCUCCGAGGUCGUGCGCGAGCUUUUCCUCUCUGCGCCUCAAGAUGACACAACUCUCAUACACUACGUGAUCCCGUCGUUUACUCGCUACUCUGCCGGGGUCCACUCUGUGAACCGCCUGCUCAAUUACUUUAACCGACAUUACGUCAAACGCGCUGUGGACGAGGACAUGGGCUGGCUUCGUCUUCGCGAUGUCCUUGAUCCUAAUUCGACCCACACCGAAAGUAUUGCACUAUCUCCUGCCAACAGCAAGGCACAGAGCAUUGCAACUCUGAUGAAGGGAAUGGACGCGAUCCCAGAGAAGAUAGCUCUCAAAAUGAAGGAGAGACGAACAGAGGAAUUAAAGAAAUGGGGUUACCUUGAUGGUGGAUCGCCUGAAGCGUUAGCCGAAGCGGAGGCGUGCGCCGAAACUGCAAGCUCGCUAGACCGUGUGGUUCCCAUUAUCUCUCUCGCGCACCGGCGCUUUAGGACCGAUUUCUUUGAGCCGCUUCUCAUCACUCCCAAAAUCGGCUCGGGUGCCAAGUCAAAGGUAAAGCAUAAAAUUCCGAAAGCUCCAACGACGAAACCACCCAACGGUGUGGCACCCUUCAUGGGCCCUAAAGGACGUCUUGCUCGAUCCGUGGAACAAUUCCUAUCUUCUAAAGACCAUACUCCGGAGGACAAAACACAAGUGGCCACGGCGCUUUCGAAGGCGCUCAAGGUUACUGGUGUGAAGCCUAGUCAUCCUCUGAGAAGGAGGCUGGAAAAAUACCUUACGGCUACAUGA